AUGCCAUUAGCACGACCACUUUCUGUAACAUACUCCCAGGACGACCUCAGACGUAAUCAACGGAAAAAUGCAAAUAACGAACCAAAAGAAGGGAAUCUGAAAGAUGAAUUAACUAAAAGACCCUUGAACAACAAUAUGAUGUUGGCAAGGCGCAGUACAAGAGACAACCCAAGAAAAUGGACAACGACCUAUUCGCCGACAACAUCCAAGUUACCGAUCAGAGACGAACAAAUAAUGUUACGAAAAAAGCAUGAACUUACACCAGUUCUUCAGCCGCAACUCCGUUCUGCGUCUCAAACUUCAGCCCAAAGUACCGGAGAUUUAAACAGAAAAGCUUCACGUACCGAAUCAAUGACGGAAACCCCGCAACGAGCUGCUCCAUCCGCUAGAAGAACUAAAUCGCGAAAAUUACGAAAUUCCAGUAAAUCUACAGAAGAUUCGCACACGACUUCACCAGACUGGUCGGAAAGUAGCGUAACGCUUCCAAGUUUUUACGAUAGUGACCAGUAUGAUGUUUCUGAAGAAAAUGAGAAAUCAAUAACAAAAGAACCAUGGAAUAAAGAGCGUCGACCUCAGAAGUCAAACAGUGUAAAUGGGAAUCCAAGCGAUGUGGAUUCAGGCAGUGGCGAUGAGUCGGUGCUCAAUUUGGGGUAUCCGCAAGACACCAAUCCAGAUAGGAGUAAAUCUUCACUAAGUUACGCGUCCGUCAGUCAUGACAUCGUACAAGAACCAGAUGCUGAAUCGCUGUUUGCCAGACCACUUACGACAAUGUCUAGUUUGUCUGGAGUUUCUGCAAACUUUUUGUAUCUGCCCAUUCUAGCCUUAAUUUCAAUUAAGAAUCAGGGAGAAGAUUAG